ACGCACUCGCCACUCAUUUCCCUCUCUUCUCCAAACUCAUUCCACGAAACACAAAUCACUCUGAAUUAGAGUCUCAUUCUUCAAAAGUCUUCGAAGAAAAAGAAAAAGAUGCUGAAGGCGAAGGCAUUCCAAGGCGCAAACGUGUUCAUGUCGCGAAAUCUGGUGCCACCCGAAGUCUUCGAUGCGCUCCAUGACGCCGUCAAAGAUAACGGCGCCCAACUCCACCUCUGCUGCGACCCUUCCCGUAACGGCCCCAACGAUUACCACAUCAUUUCUUCCAGUAAACACGAGAAGUUCGAUGAUCUCAAAUCCAAGGGCUGUAAAUUGCUCGGUCCUAGAUGUGUUCUUUCGUGUGCGAAAGAACGAAGGCCUCUGCCUAAACAAGGCUUCACUUGUUGCCUUGCCAUGGAUGGCGUAAAAGUACUCGCGUCUGGCUUUGAUAUGGAUGAGAAGGUUAAGAUAGAAGAGUUAGUGCUUGAAAUGGGGGGAGCUUUACACACUAAAGCAUCAUUGGAUUUGAACUUUGUCAUUGUUAAAAAUGUUUUAGCUGCAAAGUACAAGUGGGCUUUGAAUGUAUUGAAGAAACCAAUAGUCACUUAUGAAUGGUUAAAACAAUGCUCAGAUGAGCAUCGUGUUGUUCCUCAAGAGUCAUACAAGGUCCUUCCUUUCUCUGGGUUAAAGAUUUGUGUUACUGGAAUCCCAGCAGAUAAGCGUAAAGAGAUGGAGAAGCAUAUUUUACAAAAUGGUGGAAAAUACUCUGCAGAACUGACAAAGAAGUGCACACAUUUGAUUUCUGAGGCUCCUGAAGGUGACAAAUAUAAGGUGGCAAAACGUUGGGGCCACAUUCAUAUUGUGACAAAGAAAUGGUUUGAUCAAUCUAUUGCUCGAAGAGCAUGUUUGAGUGAGGAGUUCUUCCCUGUUCAGAAUGGAUGUGUAUCUUCACAUAAAGUAACCAGGGACUCAACAAUGCAGCAAAGCCAAGAAAACGAUAUUGGAAAAUUGCAAUCUGCACCAUCCUCAGGUGCUACAGUUUCAAAUAUGCCAGUUUUUCCCUGUGCUGAGUUUAUGGAUAGAGAUCUAGAAGCUACAGUGUCAGAUGACGUGUCCUCUGUUCGAAAUGCUCCUUUAUUUGUUAAAGAGGCAGAUGCUGAAGUGUCUCCAUUGCAGACCACCAAUGAAUUGAACUUUGAUGGUGCUCUUGCCAAUGAUUCUGAAUCUGAUGAUAAUGACCUUUACUUAUCAGAGUGCAGAAUAUUACUAGUUGGCUUUGAAGCUUGUGAGAUGCGGAAAUUAGUUAGUAUGGUGCGUAGAGGUGGAGGUUCCCGGUAUAUGUUUUUCAAUGACAAGUUGACACACAUCGUAAUUGGGAAUCCUACUGAAAUGGAAAAGAAGGAUGUAAGGAGUCUUGCUGCUUUAGGUGUAAUUUAUGUUGUUAAAACUUCUUGGCUUGAAGAUUGCGACCGUGAAAAGAAAGAAGUCCCUGUUCUUAGGAGACAUGUUGCACUUGAUCUAUUUCAUCCCAAAGCAAGCUUGGUAAAAGGAGCAGUGACCAGCAGUAUGUCCAUGGAUCAUGGUAAAAGCUCCAGCUUUCAUCAAAGCUCGCAGAUUGAUCGGGUGGACUUUGGAGUUGUAAUGCUGGAAUGUUUGGAGAAACAAAAUGAAGACAAAACUGAUAUGGGGUUCAGUAAAACAAUGGGCAGAACUAUGCUGCAAAAUCAACAUCCUGAUAAUAAAUUGGGCACACAAAAGAUGACACAACAUGACUCCAGUCUUCAAUAUGCAAAGUCAACAAAUGUUUUUAUGGGGAAAAUAUUUUGUUUCUCAAACUUAUUUCCUGAAGAAAGGAGAGCUGAGAUUGUUCAAUGGAUAAGUCAAGGGGGAGGAGAGAUAAUAAGUGGACAAACAAAACAUAGCGUCCACUAUACUAUUGAGUGUCAUGGUGUAACACCCAUGCGAACAGGUGAUUCCAAAUGCUCAUAUAUUUCCAGUCAUUGGAUACGAUCUUGUUUGGAGGCUGGAUCCUUGCUGGAUGUUGACAGUCACAUUCUAUAUUCUCCACUUCCCUGCCAUAUUCCCUUGCCUGGAUUUGAAAGCUUCCGGUUUUGUGUUUCACAGUAUGAGGAGAAAGAAAGAAUUCUACUGAGGAACUUGUGUUUUGUUCUGGGAGCUAAAUUUGCAGAGAAAAAGUUUAGUAAGAAGGUUACCCAUUUGUUGUGUAAAUUCACUAAUGGGCCCAAGUAUGAGGCUGCUUGUAAAUGGGGGAUCCAAACAGUUACGUCUGAGUGGAUAUUUGAAUGUGUCAAACAGAAUGGAGUUGUUGCCAUUGAUCAAUUUUUACCAAAAGAAGUCACUGCUCAAGACCAGGAGGCAGGAAUUUGCACUGUUAGUCAAUUUCCUACCCAGGCUGUUCAAAUGAUAAGUGAUAUGUCCUCCCAGUCCUCACAAAAUUUGAGAAACACAGCAAAUAAAAAUGUAGGUAGUGGAGUUAAUAAUCAUGGGCCUGAUUUUAGGAUACCAAAUAUUUAUAGCAAAAAGGCAAGGCUUGUGGAAGAACCUUGCGUAUCCAAUAAGAUGCCUUCUGCAGUAAGUUCAAGUAUUCCUGCCUAUGACAAUUUUUCUGAAGACAAUAUGCUUAAAGAUGCUGGGCAGGUUUGUCAUGCUAUUCCUGAUGUUGCUGCCGCAAUUGAGGACUUGUUAGAGCAAACAAACAAGAUGCAUGAUCACAGACUGACAGGGUGUGAGACAGAUAUUUAUCCAUCUGCUGAUAGUUCAGUCCUUCCUGAAGAUAAUUCAAAUCCUCGUACUGUCUUUGGAUUGUCUAAACACUGGUUAAACAGAAGUGGCAGAAAAGAUGAUAAUGGGGAGACUUCUCAAGACUUAAGAGCAGGAAUAUAUGGUGGUUUUAGUGAAACACAGACAGAAUCUCAGGUUGUUAGUUAUGAAGAAGAUUUAUCUGGGAGGCAAAUGCUUAUAGAUAGAGUCCGAACUCGAAGUAGCAUGCACUGAACUAAGACAACACCAUUGAAGGAAGAUUUCAGUGGACAAUUAUCCUCAUUUGAUGGUAUAUCUAAGCUUACAAUCUAGUGCACAAGAAUCUGUCUUUUCCUGAAUUAAAAAAAAAAAAAAGCCUCAACCUUGGUCCACCAAUCAAGGAAACAUCAGCAGCAGGUUAGUAUAGAAUGCCAAUAUCAAUUAUAUUCGCAUACCUACAUGUUUCAACAUGUUGAGUUUGGUUUUGGGAAAUAUCACCCUAAUUCCUUAGAAUUAGGUUGGAAAAAUGUAAAGAAAAUGACUGGUGUUCUAAUCAAUUUUCUUGUACCUAAAAAAUCAAAAUAAGAGAUCAGCCAAGUAAAAAGGAAUAAGUAGUUACUGAAUCAUGGCCACCUUGUACAAGUUUACCAGCUUGUCAAGUAAAGUAAGAGUCUAUUGUUAUGUUAAUGGGAAGGGGCAGAAAAAAGGGGAUAACCAUGUAGAAAGUUGUAUAAACGAGUGCUUUUUGUUGGCAUGUGUGCUUUGAUUGGAUAAGCAGGAUGCUUUUAAAAAUUCUCAAAUUCACCACAUUUCUGGUGAAACAUUUAAUAGCUUCUCAUCUGGUGUCAGUUUUUCUGUAGUAUUGAUUGUGGCAGCUUUCAUUUCUACUUUUGUUGACAUUGUGGUUGCCAAGAAACACUUAAUGUUAAGAAUGUAAAACUUCAAUGUAGUAGCUCACAUUG